CAAUGUCAUUAAACCGCAUUUUCGCUUUUGGAGCAGCUAGAAAUUUGGUGUUUUCACUUCAACGUCCAGCCCAGCAUUUGAGGAUGUCUUCACUUGAGGAAAUUAUAGCGAACAACAAACGUAAUGGGGAGAUCAUUUCUUCCAUUGCUUCUGAAUUGGCGGUGAUGCGCAGAGAAUUACUUGCACAAAAAAAACAACAAUUACGUGAAGAAAACGUUGUGUUAAAGCAACAAGUUGAAACGGCCAAGCAGCAGCUCAUAGCGCUGGAGCUAAGUCAUAGUAAAAAGCAAAUCCCAUUGCCCAAUUCACGCGGGCUUUGCACGGAGGUCGAUGCUAAUCUAAACGCUGAGCCGAAAGUCAAAAUCCCUAAGGAUAAAUGUCCGGAAACUAGCCGCGUAGACCAAAAGCAAACAGCGGCAAAGGAGAAAAAACCAAAAAAAGAAAAGCCCGUUGCCAGUGCAAAUGUCGCCACCGAACUUCCGGUAGAUGCUGGUAGGCUUGAUAUGAGGGUUGGCAGAAUUAUUGAAAUAGGUCGUCAUCCGGAUGCAGAUAGUUUAUAUUUGGAAAAAAUUGACUGUGGAGAAGCGCAGCCACGUACAGUUGUCUCUGGUUUGGUUAAGUUUGUGCCUUUAGAAGAAAUGCAAAACCGUUUAGUCAUUGUCCUGUGCAAUCUUAAACCGGCAAAAAUGCGUGGGGUAACUUCUGAAGCCAUGGUUAUGUGUGCUUCAACAGCGGAUAAAGUUGAAGUACUUAGCCCACCCGCAGGGGCAGUGCCUGGUGACCUUGUACAUUGCGAAGGCUACCCGCGCCAACCAGACGCACAACUUAAUCCAAAAAAGAAAGUAUUCGAAACAUGUGCGCCAGAUUUGAGAACCAAUGAUCAGCUGGUUGCUUGUUAUAAAGGCGCUGCACUUCACGUGCCUGGCAAAGGAAAUAUUGUCGCACAAACUCUGAAAAAUGUAAAUGUGAAAUAAAUGCGCAUCACUAGAAUUAUUCUUUUAAUAAUUAAUAAAAACGGCAUUUGUUAACAUAAUACAAGUUACAUAUAAGAAAAUUUUAUUUACUCAAA